AUAUCAUAAUAUUCUUAAUUAUUUAUUUUGAAAAUAGACAGUUCUUCGAGAAACAAGACAGACCUAUGCUGGACAAGUUCUAGAAUGUGAGAAUAGGAAUGGUCAACGAAUAUUUGUUGAUUCACAUUAUGAAUCUUUUUUAAUGAAUUUCUUAAGGAAAAGUGCUCUGCAGUUUGAUAGGUCAAUAGAUCAAGAUUUCAGGACAUUGUCUUUGGCUAAACUUCAUGUUAAAUCAUUAAUAUCAAAGCGUAUUAAUGAUACUUUGACAAUUUCACAGAAUGAUAAAGUUACAAAUGAUAGUGAAAAACUUUCAAAAAGACGAAAGCUUGAUAAAUUAAUUGAAAAGUUGGUAACUCAACGUAUGGAUAAACGUGAGAAAGAAAUGGAAAAAUUGAAAAAUGGAGAAAAGGAUACAGUUCCAUUAUUUAAUCCAAAAUCACAAAAUGACGAGCAAUCCACAAAUGGUCCCACAGUUACAUCGUCAACAUCGGAACCUUUAUCGAAGGAACCAGCUGAUACAUUGGAAUCUUCCAUUUCCGAACAUUCUAAUCAGAAAAGAAAGGGAUCCUCUUCAUUGUCUCAACCCAAUAACAUGAAUAUUGAUGUCGUCGUAAUUGAUUCUGAUUCAAAUUCAGAAAUAGAUGUUGAAGAAACUGAUGAUAUUCCAUCAAAACCGUUAUUGAGAAAGCCUAGUUUGGAUUCGUCGCAACUUAAUCCAAUUUCGAAAAGACCUAAACCUUCUAAAUUUAGUUCAAAUCAUGUUCAAGUGAAUGGAAAUUCAUCAUCAAUUCAAUCAAAUAAAAGCCCACAUUUACCAUCUUCAUUUUUACCUGAAUCUCCAACUUUUUCUCCUUCGCCGCUUGUUCCAAAUUCAUCAACGAUACAUAUAGCAGUUCCUAAUAAUAGUUCCACGGGAACUCCUAAUGGGUCUCAAUUUUCUCAAGUUAAUUAUCAAUAUCCUAAAUAUGUAACUAACGGAUUUCGACCAUUUCAUAAUGGACCGGAAGAUUUGAAUUUACGAUCACCCACAUCUCCUAACGGCAAUAAAAUCGUUAAUGUUUCUCAAAGCUCUGGAAUACAUUUGCCCAGUAUUCAAGGUUUAUUGGAGAUUUCAACUCUUGCAAGCAUGCAGCCUCCACCGAAUCCUUUGCCGAAUGUAGUGCAGGCAAUAACAAGGACAACGUCGCCACCCGACUCAUCACCGAUACAGCAUCAUUUACAUACAAUUAAUAAUACGUCUACUGGGUCAACAUCAACUAAUUCGAGACAUUAUGUUCCUAUUGCUCCAUCGCCAAUUGCAACAACGACAGGAGGGAAUCGGCCAACGCCACCGCCACCAAUUUUACAAACAUCCACUUCAACGUCAUCAUCUAUUUAUACCAAUAAUACAACAAACCAUUUUGGAGCAGAAUCUGAUUUUCAGUGGAAAUUAUAGCAAUAAAAAAGUCAUUGGUUUUCAUUUUCUUUUUUUAUAGUAAUUGAUUGGAGGUUUUUUUUUUCGUAUAAUAGGUCAUGGUUUAAUUAAUAUAUUAAUUAUUUCUUGCAUUAUUGGGCAUUUAGUUUAAUACAUAAUUAAACGUUCCUCAAAAUUCACGGAAUUAUAGAAAAUACUCUCAUAGGAUACGUUUUACAUUAAUCUUUGUGUUUAAUUUGCGUAAAUGUACAUGACCACUUUGGAAUUUAUUUCUUU